CGAACGACGUCGUUUAUCCCAACUGUGACGACGCAUACAACGUCGUCGUCUGGAAGUUCUCGAGACGAUGUAACGCAGAUACUACAAAAACGCGCCGUUUUAUCGCAACACCCUUUCUACUCCCAAACACAAUUUUGAAUCAAAUCCUUUUCUCCGAUCUAUCUACACGGCGAUUUCUACAUUACCCGACGAAUCGUAGAGGCGGAGCAAGGAAGAAUGGCUACUCGAGCGAUAUCUCAGGAGGCAUUCGACGAUCUCGUCAAGGAAAACGUGGAAGAUCUAGGAAUGGAACCUUCCGAAGCUCUCGAAGACGCUCUCCACACACUCAAGCUCCAAGGCGUCGAUCUCUCCGGGAUCAUCACUUGUGUUCCAGGAGAGAGCAGCGUCAAGGACAAUCCAGUGAUUGCUUGUUUAGAUAGACUCAAAGAGGUCGAUGAUGAUUUGGAUGAGAUUUCGAGUUUGUUAGUCAAGCUCAACGAGCUUUGCAGCAGCCAAGAGUCAGGGAACGUGGCGAUUGCUACGAAGCAUGGUGCCGUGGAGCUAACAUGCUCGAUUUGCUCCAAAAUCAAGAUAGACUCUAGAAGUAACUGCAUUGUUGUUCCGUGUUUGAAAGCUUUGGCUGCGUUGAUCCAUGACAUUCAGAGCACGGAGGCGUUUAGGAACGCUUCUGGACCGAGGAUUGUGGUUGAUCUUAUAAGAGACUCCGGCUCGGAUUCUGAUUCUUUAGAUGCUGGCUUUGCUGUUGUUGCUGCUGCUGCGACUGGUAAUGAAGUUGUGAAGGAGAUAUUCAUGGAGCUGAAAGUGGAUGAGCUUAUUCUGAAAGUGCUGAAUCGUGAGAGUAAAAUCACCAUUAGAGCUUUGUAUGAUGCAAUUCGUGUUCUUUUGACCCCAGAUGACAACCGUGUGGUUGCUUCCCAAGUUUAUGGUUAUGCGCGGACUUUUGCCAAAUUAGGGAUUGCAAGAGCCCUCACGGAAGCAUUACAGGCAGGGAUUGGCUCGGAUAGCUUGGUCUCAGCAAGUAUUGCGUUAAAAUCAAUUGCUGUAAACGAUGAAAUAUGUAAAUCUAUUGCUGAAAGUGGUGGAAUAGACACACUUCUUAGGUGUAUUGAUGAUAGCGGUGAACAAGGCAACAAUACUGCUGCUAAGACAUGCUGUUCCCUGUUGUCCAAGUUGGCAGGAAGUGACUCUAAUAAGAAUACCAUAGUUGAGAAGCGGGGACUAGACAAGCUAAUCAAACUCGCACAACGAUUCUCGGACGAUCCUCUAGUCGUACAAGAGGUCAUGUCGAUAAUCUCUAUAAUAUGUCUGAGAUCACCAGACCACGCAGCCAGUGCUAUUGAAGCUGGAGCUGGUGAUCUGGCGAUCCAAGCUAUGAAGAGGUUUCCAGCAGCGGCUCAGAUGCAGAGAAACGCUUGCAACAUGAUAAGGAACAUUGCUGUGAGAAAUGCAGAGAACAGAAAAAUUCUGCUUGCCAAUGGAAUUGAGAAGCUGAUAAGGAGUGCUAAGGCCAACAAUGAGAUAUGCAGAGCCUCUGCAACUGAUGCACUGAGAGACCUUGGCCUUGAUAACUACAAUUGCUAAGGCCAAUGUUCUGCCAUUGCUACAUUCAUGCAAACUACAAAGUUUUGAUGAAGUUUGGUACCAAUCGUUUCUUCCCUUUUCCUAUUUGUCAUUCAAGCAAAGAGGGAUGAUCCAUUUUUAAAUCAAAUUUCCAUCAUUGAGUUCAGCUUUUGGGUAGAAAGAACAUUCCAAGUUAAAACUUUUGCGUCGAUUGUAUUGUUGGAAUAGCUGAUCAUGUAGUAAAAUGGGAAACUUUAAACAACGAGUCUUAUGAACACUUCUUUUAUGUGCUCUA